UUGUCGAAAAUAAUUUCUCCAGACAAAAUUUCUUCAACUUCCUUCUUUUCUCUCGACGGAGACGACAAAGGCGAUGGCGUCUCUUCUCGCAAACGGUGUCUCCGGCUUCUCACCACAACCCACUUCAGAUUCCUCAAAAUCACCAAAAGAGUUCCACCCAAAACCCGAAUCUUUCAAAUUCCCAUCUCCCAAAUCCCUAAAUCCAACAAGACCACUCUUCAAAAUCAGAGCCGAUGUCGGAAUCGACUCUCGUCCCACCAUCGAAGCUACCGAAUCAUCAAGCUCAGCCGAUAAGCUUCAACAGGCUCUGAGCUCGGUUUUGAAAUCAGCUGGACCAGCGAGGAUCAAACAAAUUAAAGGAAGUAAGAUGUGGGACAUUGAUGGAAACGAGUACAUUGACUACGUUGGAUCUUGGGGACCAGCUAUUAUUGGUCAUGCUGAUGAUGAGGUACUCGCGGCUUUAGCUGAGACGAUGAAGAAAGGAACAAGCUUUGGUGCUCCUUGUCUCUUAGAGAAUGUUUUAGCUGAGAUGGUUAUAUCGGCUCCGUACAACGAUCUUGAAGCUGUUGAGAAGCUAUUUGCUGCUCAUAAAGGCGAGAUCUCUGCGGUUAUUCUUGAACCUGUUGUUGGUAACUCUGGAUUCAUCUCUCCUACACCGGAGUUUAUCAGCCAGCUGACAAAGGACAACGGUGUUCUUCUCAUCUUCGAUGAAGUCAUGACAGGCUUGUGUGUUUGUGUUUGCAAUGAGGAUUCAUCCUUUCUUUUUGAUGCAGAGAGUGAAGGACGAGGUACAGAGAAGGAAGAAGCAACGUAACCUCUCAAUUAGCCAUAAGAAUGAUCAAGAAGAGUUCCAUGCGCGUCUAAGUCCAGCUCGGUUUUCAUGCGUCGACUCUCCAGCUCGGUUUAAUGGUCUCUCUUGUGACAGGUGAUGAUGAUGAUGAUCACUGCCUGUAAAUACGAAUCUUGAAUUUAUCUUUUCUUCUACUAACAAAGCUCUUCUGAGUUGUGUGUAAGCAAAACCUUCUACAUGUUGAUAAAUUUUGGAAAUCUAUUUUAGUGUAUAAAAAGCU